CCAGCACCACAGCGCAAGCGGCCUCAGCCCCGGCGCCGGGCCGGCCCCGCCCCCGGGGUGCCCGGCGCCCGCCCCUCGCUCAGGCCCCUCCCUUCCCCACGUGUCUGCUGCCGAGGGGAGGAGCCUGAGCCCGAGCGGGGCCCGCCACCGGUCCGGCCCGGCCCCGCACAGGCUCCCGUCGGCGGCGCCCCCGGAGCGGCCCGGCUGCCCGAUGCUCCCGCCCCGGCUGCGAGCCUAGCGCUCGGCCCAGGCCCCCCUAAGCGCCCCGCGGGGCUCAACGGCGGCCUCCGGCCCCGCGGAGACGGAGCGGCUCGAGGACGAGGCGGCGGCGGCGAGGAGGAGGAUGGGGGCUAACCAGUUAGUGGUGCUCAACGUGUACGACAUGUACUGGAUGAACGAAUACACCUCAUCUAUCGGAAUUGGAGUUUUUCAUUCAGGAAUUGAAGUUUAUGGUAGAGAAUUUGCUUAUGGUGGUCAUCCUUACCCUUUUUCUGGAAUAUUUGAGAUUUCCCCAGGAAAUGCUUCUGAACUAGGAGAAACAUUUAAAUUUAAAGAAGCCGUUGUUUUAGGAAGCACUGACUUCCUAGAAGAUGAUAUAGAAAAAAUUGUAGAAGAACUGGGAAAAGAAUACAAAGGCAACGCUUAUCAUUUGAUGCAUAAAAAUUGCAAUCACUUCUCUUCAGCUUUAUCAGAGAUUCUUUGUGGGAAAGAGAUUCCUCGCUGGAUCAAUCGGCUUGCCUACUUCAGCUCCUGCAUACCCUUUCUACAGAGUUGCCUCCCGAAGGAGUGGCUCACGCCAGCAGCCCUGCAGUCCAGUGUCAGCCAGGAGCUGCAGGAUGAACUGGAGGAGGCAGAGGAUGCUGCGGCAGCCGCUUCUAUGGCAAGCAGUGCAGCAGGCUCCAGGCCUGGGCGCCACACUAAACUAUAAUUGUCUCCAAAGUCACACCCUCAGAACUGUCUCUGGCAGUUGGAUAUCACUAGAGAAGAGUUAACAGAGUAAGCGUCCUUUGGAUAUUUUGUAUGCAAAGAUAGCUCUCCCCCAAACCCCAGUUUUUCAGCUCAGGAUUAUAUUUGUAAUCAAAAAAAAAAAAAAUCACUUGGCGCAGGAGGGAGAACUUUGUAUGAAGCUGCCCUCUGGCUUUUUUACCCACUUGUAAAUUUGGAUUUACUUCUUCUGUUUUAUACAAGCUCUGUUAAGUUAUGUUUACAGUAUUUUGUAUCGCUGUUUACAAAUCUUGCAUGGACUCCUGCCACCGUGAAAAGAAGAAAAUCUUCAUGUCUUCGAAAAUUAGGCAGGUAAUCUUGGUACACUUCUGACAGUUGCCAGAGCCAUGGCAUACAUAAUAGGCACACUUCACGCACAUGGUUAGAGUCCCCGUUCCCUGCUUACGGAGUGUGUUAGGUCUGUUUAUUUUCUUAACGUUGUAGGCACCAGGAUGCCAAGAACCAUACCAGCCAGAGGUGAAGGGCACAGCUUGGGAGCCUGAGCCCGGUGCCCCUGGCACUUUGUCCCCUCAGAGUAGCACAGGAUGCUUUCACCCCAGUGUCUGUGCAGAGGCAGGGUGGGGCAGCCUGGUGUCUGUCUGGCUUGGAUGCCACCGAUUCUAUACUUCAGUUGUUCUUUGUUAAAGAUUCGUAAGUAACUGACAAGUGUUUUUGCACAUGUUUGCGGGGAGGAGCUUCAUUUGUAUUCAUACUUAUUUCUUCCCUGCACAGGAUUUUGUUGACGGGGAAGAAUAAGCGUAGCCUUUUGAGUAGCAGUAUGAGUUGACAUUCAACUGCUUUUAAUUGUACAGGCUACCUUUUAUACUAGACCUUGAAACCUAAAGUAACAUAUCCCAAAAAGAUUAUUCUUUGAUAUUUCAUACCUUUUAUGUCCUGUAUCAGAAAGAAUCCGUCAAGGGUUAUUAGUUUUUUAUGGGAGUAGUUUGACCUCAUAAUAAAAUGCCUAGUCUCAUUGACUUCUGUUUGAAAAUCUUAUUUUUUGUCUUAAAAAUUCCAUCUUUUAUAUUUUCUCAAAUGUAUGUCUUACACAGCAUACCCUAAGAUUCUUGAAGUUGUCAUCACAGAUAAAUCCUUGUUAGCAAGGAAUCUGUCUGCCUGAGUCUACUCCCAGUUUGACCCUUGGAUGUAAGAACCAAGUCAUUCCAUGUGAAAUUCACUUUUUCUGCCUUAAGAAUGAAUGUCCUACGUAAAAUAUUGGAUGCAGUGUAUAAAAAGGCAGUGACUUCAGCUUUAUAAAUAUAUGGCUAGUGUUAGAGUUAUCUACAUUUAUUUAAUCUUUUAGAUUGGAUUGUUUGCUAUUGCUCUAUGUGAAGAUACAUAUCUUUCAGUAAACUACACUUAUAACUUU